AUGGCCGCCGUUGCAUCUUCAUCAAGGUUACCCCUUCAUCGUUAUGCUCACGUUGACAAGAUCUUAGAUAGACCAGGUCCUCAAACAGAUGAAGCAUUCGCAGCAGGUACGACUGUCAAAGAAUUCUUACGAACACAAUGCAAAAUUCUCGUAAUUGGGGCAGGUGGAUUAGGAUGUGAAAUCUUGACAAAUUUAGCAUUGAGCGGAUUUGCUGAUAUACAUAUCAUUGAUAUGGAUACAAUCGAUGUUUCAAAUUUGAACAGACAAUUCUUGUUUAGAGAAAAAGACGUCGGGAAUUCAAAAGCAGAAACUGCUGCUGCUUUCGUUAUGGAUCGAGUAAAGGGCGUCAAAGUUACACCAUACCAUGGAAAGAUUCAAGAUAAAGAUGAAGAUUAUUAUAUGCAAUUCAAUAUUAUCAUUUGUGGUUUGGAUUCUGUUGAAGCUAGAAGAUGGAUCAAUGCAACGUUGGUGAAUAUGGUCGAUGAAGAGAACUCUGAAUCGCUUAAGCCUCUCAUUGAUGGUGGAACAGAAGGCUUCAAAGGUCAAUCAAGAGUCAUUCUGCCUACGAUCACCAGCUGUUACGAAUGCAGUUUGGACAUGCUACAUCGUCAGACCGUCUUUCCGAUUUGCACAAUCGCCAAUACGCCACGAUUACCUGAACAUUGCAUAGAAUGGGCAAGCGUGUUGGAAUGGCCUCGUGUAUUUGGCGAUAAGAAGAUGGACAAAGAUGAUCCCGAUACGAUUCAAUGGUUAUUGGAUGUUGCUCAAAAGCGUGCAAAAGAAUUCAAUAUUGAAGGUGUUACCUGGAGUCUAACACAAGGUGUCGUGAAGAAUAUCAUUCCUGCAAUCGCAUCAACAAAUGCAAUCAUUGCUGCCGCUUGUACACAAGAAGCCUUCAAGAUCGCCACAACUGCAGCCCCCUAUUUGAACAAUUAUAUGAUGUACACCGGCAAUGAUGGUGUUUAUGCUUACACUUUCGAACAUGAAAAGCGUCCAGAAUGUCCAGUCUGUGGAGGUGAAGCAAGGGAUCUGAAUUGCACAUCAGACUGGACGUUGGAACGUAUUUUGGAACAUUUGGCGGAAACGCAAGAUUUACAACUGAAACGACCUUCGUUAUCAGGACCAAAAGGACCUUUAUUCUUUCAAGCACCAGCUUCUUUACGUGCAUCAACGGAACCGAAUCUUGCCAAAACUUUGACUGCUUUAGGAUUAGAGGAAGGUGAUGAAAUUACAGUUACCGAUGCUUCUUUACCUUUUCAACUUUCUUUGCUUUUGCGCUUUUGA